UUUAGUUUAAAUUACCACUUUGGAAAUGUUAAAGUACAACAAGCAAGCUAAUGUACUUAACCGUGUGGUUUUGGGACAACACUAUUUUGAUUAUUUAUUUGAUUCGGGUGGACAUUGUCCAAAGGGGAAUUUUGGUACUUACUUUCUUUUGCAAAUACCCUAGCAACGUAUGAUAACAGUCAGUGACCAACAUACGGCAUACGGCACAAAGGAAUGAAGUUUGAAAGUCAGGGGAGGAAAAAAUAACCAGGAAGUUGAACAAGAGGAAGCGUACUAGUCUUCCGUGCAGUAUUCAAUUCCUCCCGUACAAGAGAUACAGCUUGGCCAAACUGUAUCUACUUCGAAAAUAAGUCAAUUAUCGAUUGUGCUGUUGGCCACAAGAUGGAUUACGACCCGGAGCUGGCGGGUGCGGCUGGAACAACGCAGCAAAUCGAUAAAGUGCAGUCCCUAAAGAGUGAAGUAGAUGGCGUGAAACACAUCAUGACGCAAAACGUGGACCGAAUCCUGGCCCGCGGAGAGAGAUUGGAUGAUCUGAUGGGCAAAUCGGAGGAUCUGCAAGAUGGGGCCAAACACUUCAAACACACAUCACACAAAGUGGCUCGCUCCUAUUGGUGGAAAAACGUCAAGCUGAUCAUUGUCAUCGUGGUGGUCGUCCUCAUCAUCGUGCUCAUCAUUAUCCUGCUGGCCACAGGCGUCAUCCCCGUCAGUGCCCCCGUGCCGCCCAUUGUGCAGCCCACCAUUAAGCCUUAAAAACACGCAUGAAGUUAUAUUGUACAUACAGACUUAAUUUAAUCAUUUAGCACAUUCUUCUUGCACAGUUACAAAAAGAUGGGACAUGUUUAGCUGCUGUCCUAUGAAACUUUUUUAGGCUAAACCAGUUACGGUUAAGUUCAGUUUUUAUGUGGUAGUUUUUUUUCCACCCAUGAUUUGUUUUGUAGCGGUUUUGCGGCCAGACCGUCUAAAAAAGUUGUUCAUUCAAUUUAAAUAUCCAUUUAAAUUGUCUCUUGAAAUAUAGUUUGUAAGACAAUGCUUUUAUGACGUUAAAAUUAGCUUGGCGAAUUAUGUAAUUGAAAAAUCACACUAGAGUGUUUAACUGUGUAACUUUUCUGCAAAAUUCUAUUCAUUCCGCUUUAUUCUACUGUUCAGAAUGUUUUCCGUUGGCCAUGUAAAAUUCACUGAUAAAAUGUUAGUUAAGUGUCAAUAGGCAGAGCAGCAGCACUGUUAUCUUGAAGGUCAAUUUAAAUCCCUCUAACUUGUAUAUAGUUUAAAUUUUUCCAUUUAUCUGUGUACAGUAUAUAUGACUGUCUUUCAGCUAUAUGUUAAUGAAUAUCUGUUAUGUAGGGGUAUUUAUUACAUGCGUUAUGAUGUAAGUAGGCUUUUUUAAAAUCAAUUAUGAUCUAUGUCGCAAAUAACAUUUAGGGACACGCGUCACAUUUAUUUUUGAGGUGAGAAAACCUUACAUGCCUUCUAAAAUGUCUGUAUUUUAACCUUUACAUUUUCUUGGUGUCAAUUUGUGGUCAUUCUGUGAUUUUUUUUAUUUAUAUUUAUCUUCCCUUUGACUCAAGAGACUUCAGCCUGUUGUUACUGUCAUAAUGACCUCCUGAGCCUUGACUACCUAAACUAGUGAUCCAGCUUUUUCCAACUGAAAAUGAAUUGUCAUGUGUUGGUUUUAGUUUUCUUAGAUGAAAUAAAUGCAUUUACUUCUCGA